CGGCUUCAUCCCACUUUCUCUCGUCAGCUGUCGUCGCCGUCAUCCGUUUGAGUUCCAUAAACAUGCUGAGGUAGCAUGCGGUUUUUUGCACCAUAACAACGAGGCCAGCGAUUGCCCGCGCAACCAUCAAAAGGAGGUCAGAUCGCCGCACAACCUUUGACGAGACACCGACGGAGAGAGCGCGUCUCCCAGCGCCAUCAUGGGCAUCUGGCCCCGUUCGACCAGCCAACAAUCCCCCUCCGAACCGCCGGCGAAGCGAAUAUCAACACCAGCCGGACAUCGCCUUUCGGCAGUUCUGGGCAGCGAUCCGCACAAGAGGAACUCGGUGGUGCGAAAGACCACUCCGGCCGUAACCGUCAUCGAGCCACGAGACAGCAGUGAGGGUCAAAGCCAGAAUUCCAGCGGGUAUUCGUACAGCGUGUGGUCGGAUGGGGAGAAGUUCGCCGUUUUCAGGAACAACCGGCAAAUCACCAAACCGGGAGGAUGGAAGAAGAUACUCAUAAUCAUAGCCAUUGCCAUUGCUGCGAUAAUAGCACUGGCAGUUGGCCUUGCCGUGGGAUUGAAGAAGAAGGGCUCAGAUGACAGCUCCAACUCUCAGACCCUCGCCAGCUCGCAAGCUUCCAGCACCGCAGGUCCCAACAACAGACCGGCCGAUCCUCUGCCAUCUCCAGCGUCCCUCUCCCCCGAUUUCCCCGUCGGCUCCUACUCCAUGGUCACCUUCCUCGACACGAUCCAAACAAACUGCACCUCGAAUCCCCUAACCUGGACCUGCCACCCCGACACCAUCUACAACACCGACCCCGUCAAAUCCGUCGCCACCUUCAACUGGGUCAUCUCCUCGCCCUCCAAGGGCAAAUACCGGAUCUCGUCCGACGGCGACAACCCCUUCUCGAUAUCCUUCAAGAACGCGGACCUGGAGCUCCUGGAUGCAGGCAACGAGAAGGAACGGUAUCGCUUCCAGCUGAGCCAGGCCAAGAAGGUCACUCCGGCCCAGUCCAUCCUGAAAGACGACGACGCAAAGGUCGAGUGCGACUUUGCGUCCACGUCAUUGCAAGCGUCCCUCUACACGAAGAUGGAGCGAUCGUAUCCGAACACACAGAAGGGGGAGCCGGAUGGAGAUCCCAAAUCCCCUGUUUGGCCUUUUGCCGUGCGCAUCGAGCAAGUCGUCUACGGCGGCGAAAACGUACCCUCGUGCCGCAAAGUCCCCAGCGGAGAGCCCAUCGCUCAGGCAUUCACCGCGCAGGAUACUUCGGGCCCCUGCUCCUGCCUGUACCGCAACUGGAGGACGCCGUCUCCCUACUCCUAGGUCUUUUGCUGUUCC